ACAUACGUAUAACGAUUCGGCUACAUGCAUAACUGAAAUAUAACAUAUAGCAUAACUGGUGGGGGGGGGGUCUCAGACUUUUGGGACAUGUAGUUUUUUAUCCAUAGCAGCCUUGCUAGCUACGCAUGCCAUGUGAGCCAGCCUUUGGUAGAACCUGUUUGAAACUGUGAUACAAAUCUUCUAUCCUCAAACUUAGUGAACGGUGGUGUCAGUCAGCAUGUCGUUUUGUUUUAACUUCGACCUUCCAGCACAAACAACAGACCCCGGAGACGUGGAUGGAAAUGAAUUGCAGCACGGAAAUAAAGAUCAUGCUGUCGUAUCUGUAGAGGACGGCCCCAAACCAGCACAACCAGUAAAAGAGGCCAGCGAGCACUUUCCGCCAUCCGAUCCACAGUUCCUCCUUAUGGAUGCCAUCUUUGAAACGGUUACAGUUGGAACUCUUCCUCCUCUGCACUUCCUCAAUGAGACUGUUUUUGAGAAGACUGCGUCAGAGAGAGAGGACAGAGAAAAAAUUCUUUCACGCACAGCGGAGCAGAAGUCUGACCUCAUCUCUGGUGUGUACGAGGGAGGGCUGAAGGUGUGGGAGUGCACGUAUGACCUUCUGGAGUUGAUUGAGAAAGAUGGAGAGACCUUUGGGGGGAAGGCGGUUUUGGAUUUGGGCUGUGGCGCAGGGCUGCUGGGAAUACUGGCUCUGAAGAGGGGAGCCAGUCAGGUCCACUUCCAAGAUUAUAACAGUACAGUCAUUGAACAGCUCACAGUGCCAAAUGUAAUGCUAAACUGCCAAGAGGAUGAUGAAGUAGACAGUGAAGAUGACAAAGAAGGGAGUGGUAAGGGAAAAAUGAAGGAGGAAGAUGGUUCUAAAAAGAAGGCGAAAGGGCAGAAGGAGAUCACAGAAAACAACCCACCUCCUAAGAAGCGAGCCAUAGACUUAGCCCAGCACUCAUUACUAACCAGGUGUCAUUUUUACUCUGGUGACUGGAGCACAUUUCUCGCUUUGGUUCUAAAGGCAGAUCCACCACCCAAAUAUGAUCUUAUAUUCACAUCAGAGACUAUCUACAACACUGCGUACUACCCUGCUCUACACGAGACCCUGCGCAAACUGUUGGCACCAGAUGGUCUGGUCUACCUCGCCACCAAAUCUCACUACUUUGGUGUAGGUGGUGGACUACAUCUCUUUGAAACAUUUGUGGAGCAGAGGGAUGUUUUCUCUGUGGAUCAUCUGUGGGAUGGAGAAGAAGGACUUCAGAGACAUGUAGUAGUACUGCGUUUUAAAAAGUCAAAGGAUGCUUGAGUAAGGAAUGUCAGGAACUUUUUAUCUGUAAUUGAUUUAUUGAUGAAAAACUGAAUGAAAAUAAAAAAUAGAGCAAGGCUAUUGCUUGAUUAUUGUGUGCAGUCCUGAAUCAGCCAGCUGUGUCGUUAUGACUCCUGUCUUUAUUUUGGUAUGUUAAAACUGCCGUGGUUAAACAAGGAAAAGCUGCAAUGAAAACACACUAUUGGCUCAUAUUUGCUCUUUUGUUACCUACACCUUCUUUCACUUCCUAUAUCGAAAUUUGAAUAUGUCUGCCAGUAACUGAAGUGCAGUUGAAAGGGGCUGUUACAGGUCUUUAGAUGCAUGGAGAGGAAAGAAAGGAAAUGGGCUCAGUGACCUUUGCGAGUGAUUUCCCCAGUGUUCAAACACCAGCAUGAAAGCCAGGCUUGUUUCUGAAGUCCAGCACAAAAUGUCAAUUGCAACUUAUCCCACUAGCUCAAGGAUGUAGUUUGAAAGUGGAUUCUGGAGUCACUGAACAUCAAUGGUGGGACUCUGUGGGGUCUCUGUAGCUCUUAUUCUACUGGUUUCCUUUCAGUGAAGUUCACCACAUAAUCUGGCAACAGUGCAAAAUUAAAAAAAAAAAACAUUUUUGAAAAUGUCUACACAUAUGCCUAUGCAGGAAGUAUGGGCAAAUAUCCAUCCAAAAUCAAGAAAGGGAAUUUUGCUGUAAUUUUUCCAUCUCCAUGUGGAAUCCCCUUUUUGUCCAGCUCAAGGAAAUCCGUCUACUUUUUUUCGAAUAGGGCUUUUUUUUCUGGGGAAGUAUGCCUCAAGUCCAGACCAGUUUCUCGCAUUUGAGGUGACUACAUAAGAGGAUGAGGAAGUCAGAGGGUUUUCACAGGGUCACUCGGCAAUGAAACUGAAUAACACUGCCUGAUGUGUUGUUCUGAAAUUGUCGUUUUAGCCCGCCAACCCGGUCUCAUCCGUGUGACUAAAUACAACCUGUACGUGUGUCGUGUUUGACUAUGAUCGGAAAGCAAACAAAGGUUCUUUUACAAUACAGCCCUAUCAGACCCCACCUGAAUAGAUGACUCCAGCUACACAAACAUUCUCAAGAAUCUAUCUCAUCCUAAACAUACCCGUGACGUCAGCACUGUAGAGACCCGCUGAUAAAAUAAUAUUUAGCAAAGAUUAAGAAAAAAGAAAAACUUUUAGGAAACAUAAUGUCACCAGCUCUAACAUGACUGUGCAUUUCAACACCCACAGUGUGUGGACAGAAUUUCCAGCAGCUUAUUAUGUAAAUAUACUGUAGUGUUAAACGCUAUUUCACUCAGAGAAACAUAAAAUACACCAAACAUGGUUUCUGUUUGCAUAUGCCUGGCCGGCAAACUUCCACUGUGUCCGCUUCGUCAUCGUCUCUCAUCUUGACAGCUGUUCAGGGCCUGUGGGGGAAUUCCUGGCCCCUCCAGUAGACACAGCCUUUCCCCUGCUUACUUUAUGGGAACAAGGGGGCAGGGCAAGUCAGAUGGUUUUCCUCAGAAACUAUUAUGUGUUGAUUCACUGUGAGGGGGCGUGUUUUACACUCCCACUGCUUCCUUCUUACUGGGAAGUGACUGUCGGGCUUACCGUACAGAGGGAGUGUAUGAAAAACAGAGAGGAGGGAGGAUGAUGGGUGAUGUGAAAGGUGGCAAGAUAUUUAAGUGCUUCUUUCUGUGAAUGUCAGACAGUGUGCUGCAUCCAUCCCUGGGACCUGGAGGACAUUGGGGAGCGAGCAGAAUGUGCAGGUGAUUUGAGGAGGAAUGUAUAUUUGCCGAGUUUGAAGAAGCCUGCUGCUUUCUUUCUGGUGAGAUGGGACUGCGAAAGUGUGUUGUUUUUAAAGCUUGACUAUGAAAUAAUCCUGGGAGGCCUUUAUGAGGAGGUUUGUUUAUGACAUAACCAGGAUCAGGAAAGGAAAUCAAUGAAACCGAGGUAAGUAUAUUAAAAGAAAACUCUCAGUAUGGUCAAAUCGAGUGUGUGGUUUUCAAAAAGCUUAUACAAAAUGACAUGUGUUUUUUGGGUGUGUGGGGGGGUUGAACAUUUUUUAAUUAGGUCAAAGAAAUGCUAACUUCUUCAUUCUUUGAGCAAAAAGCAAAUGAAGGCUUUUAAACCUGCCACACUGUGAAAUUUUUUUGAUGUAGACUUUGAAGAAACAGUUAAUGAUCUCAUAGGGGAUUGGCCUUGUCUAGUGAUAGGCCGUAGAACCGGUUGUUUCCCAGUCCAACUGCCGGAAAGAUAUGAGUUUCCUGAACAUACUCAGGUGUGGCCUUCCUUCGAAAGUUCAUCGUGCUGUACUGUACCUUAAAAGAAUGCACCAUCAUAAUGGAUAAACUUGGAUUGAGAUAACACAGACAAAUUAUCUUCACUGUAUCUUCACUGUCAACAUUGACUCCAGGCCUUGAAUGAGGUGUGGGGUGGUGGUGGUGGGGGGUUUCUUUCUUUUUCUCUUGUUAAAUAAAAGAGGCGAGUCUAUCACAGUCAGUUAAUAGCAUACUUACUUUGCAGGGUUCAAAGAUACGUCGACUAACUGUAUGUCACUAAUCACACAGUCCUAAAGCGCUUUUACUGGGAGUGUACUGCUGUAACUGAUGAGUCAUUUCAUGCCUUGACCAGAGCACUAUCACCACGAUCUGAUUCAGUGCUUCCAGUGGACAGACUUGCAUUUCAGUAGUUUUGAAGCAUUUCCAGGAACACAGAUGAAAAAAAAAAAACAGUUGGAUUGCUCAAAUGAUCCUGAAACUCUCCAUAUGUUCUCUAACCACAGAAUCAUUUCCGUUCUUCGGAGCUUGUUUCCCACUUUACUUUCAUUUUCAACGUAUAAAAAAAACACCUCUUAACCCCUGCAAAUUAACAGCAUUUUUUUUUCAACGACUUCAUACACCACUUUGUUAAGCAAAUGUUAAAUGUGACUAAUCCCUUCAGUUGCCACAGUAAUGACCUCUUGCUCAAUCUUACUCUGGAAGAAGUACAGCUGACGUUAUCAUUUCAUCAUUACCCAGCCUUUCUUCAGAAAUUGGGAUCGGUAACCUAACCCCAACAUGCUUCUCAACAUGUGUCACUUAACUGCAGCCGACAUUUAUUGUGAAGUUUUUAGAGUUUACUAAUUUUAUUAUUCUUAUAGUUGGCUUUUUUUUUCAUUAUUUAAUGGGAGAAUUAAUGACAUGUUAAAAGAGUUAGUAUUGAAGUAUGAGCUGUGUAAAUCGAUAAAGCCAUUCAAGGUUCCAGAAGUGCCCGAAGAACAGAUUUUAAUGUGUGCUCUACUAUGAGAACUGAAUUCCAUAGAUGGUGACAUCUUCAGGUGUCAUCUAUGGGCUCAGUUCUUCUGGCAUGGUACUAGUUUGUCAGCCGUACGGCGCAGCACCAGAAUGCCGAAGUUACCACCGUGUGAAAUCAAUAAAAUAAUGCUUGGUGUUAAGUUUGUAUGGAGAUUCCUGUGAAUGAGGAGUUAAUUUUUAAUUGCACAUAUUAUUGCUGUGAAUAAAGCAUACAUUUUGAAAUGACUAAUGUGUUUCUCAGUAUUAUUAUAAAGUGUCAUUAUGUAUUGUUAAUAAACCCAAUCAAAAGUCAA